AUGAGCGAGCCAGCAAGCCCCAACGCGCAGCGUCCCAAGCCGAAGCGCAGCAUUACCUUUGCCAACAUCACCACCCGGAACAACGCCGCCAGCCGCCGCCCCGACGUCCCGCGCAGCAUCUCCUUUGCGCACCCCCAGCAGCAGCAGGACCGCCGUCGUCCCGGCGCGCCGCCCCGCGCCCUCUCCUUUUGCGACACGCGCUUCACCCCCUCGGGCCCGAACCUGGCCCUCCGCCAGGGCAGCGUGUCGGGCCCGCUCGCGUUUCUCAACCCGACGACGGCCAUUUUCGACAUUUGCGCCGACGACGACGGGCUGCCGUCCGAGGCGACGGAUCCGGAGCACGGGGGGGAGCGGGCACGUGUGCGGUGGAACGCGCGGGAGUUUCGCAAAGGCCGCCACGUCUUUGUCCUCCCCCGCGCCGCGCCGCUCGCGCACCGGCUGCGGACCACGUCGCGGCCGCGGCGCGUGCUGCUCGGGCUGCUGCGGAUGGCGACCGUGUUCCCGUACUGGGACGUGUCGUGGCUGAUUGGGGUGUGCUUCACCGUGGGCUGCGCGCUGUUUAUCGCCUGCGGCUUCUUCUACUGGCUGCCGGUGGCGUACCCGGCGACGGCGUUUGCGCACGAGGCCGACGUCGCCGGCGGCGUUGUGGCGUUUGUCGGCGCCACGCUCUUCCAGGUCGGCGCCGUGCUGCUCAUGCUCGAGGCGUGGAAUGACCGCGCAGAGACCAAGUUUGGCGGCGCCAUGGAGACGCUGCUUGCGGACCGGCGGUUUGGGCUUCGGAGGGGCGGAGACAAGGAGGAGGAGGAGGUGACGCGCCCGGAGAACGGAGGAGCGCCGCGAGACACGACACCCCGCCGCCAGCCCAACCCGUUUGGCGAGCGCGAGUGGCAGUGGCUGCCGUCGUGGCACGACGUCCGCACGCACUACGUCUACGAGAUUGGCUUCCUCGCGUCGGCGACCAUGGCGCUGGGCGCUGGGCGCGACCGUCUUCUACCUGCGAAAUGGGGCGCGUACUACCUGCCGUACCUCGUCGGCGGCAUCCUGUUUGCGCUCGCGUCGGUGCUGUACGUGCUCGAGACCCAGCCCAACUGGUACACGCCGCAGCCGUGCAAGAUGGGCUGGCACGUGGGCGUCUUCAACCUGCUCGGCGGCGUGGGGUGGACGCUGGCCGCCGCGUUUGGGUACUGCGACGUGCAUUGGUGUCGCUACCAGAGCGAGCUCGCGCUCAUCUGGGCCUCGAUUGCGUUUACGUUUGGCAGUGCGCUGCAGUGGUACGAGGCGCUGGAUAAGUACGUCUUUGUGAUUGAGGACUGA